GAAAUGCACUCGGUUACUCAAUUCAAACAAGGAGGUAUGGUAAUUGAACUAACAACCAAAGAAGCAGCCACUCUCAUUCAUAGCAACACUGACAUCAAAAAUGAACUAACGCGCAACCUCGACCCAGAAGCCACCUUCAGAGAAAGAACCUACUCCCUAAUCAUCCCGUUCAUGCCGGUCAGCUAUGACCCAAGCAACAAAGACAAUAUAAAACAACUAGAGAAAGAAAAUGAAUGGAACAAAGGAGCUAUAUCAACAGCCCAUUGGGUAAAACCAGUCGAGAAACGAUCAAGUACACAAAGAGUCGCACACUUAAUGCUAACCUUCACAGAUCCUCAAACGGCUAACUCAGCGAUAUGCAAAGGUAUCACGGUGGACCAUAUGCUAUUAUGGCCGAAAAAGAACAGACGAGGACCCCUUCACUGUGCAAAAUGUCAACAUUACAGCCACAUAGCACGUGAAUGCAUAGCACACGGAGACACAUGCCCAAACUGCGGCAACAAUCACUGCACCCAAGACUGCUCAACGAAAGACAAACACUUCUGCACAGCAUGCAAUGCAGACGAUCACCCUAGCUGGAGCCAAGACUGCCCUUCUUUCAUUCAGAAAUGCGAAGAUACUGACAAAAGAUACCCGGAUAACACCAUGCCAUACUUCCCCACCAACGAACAAUGGACACAAGUAGCAACCCCGCCCAAACCUCCACCAUACCGCAAACCACCCUCAAACCACACAACAAAUGGGGACCUAAUCCAGCAACACAUCGACAACUACCCACAGAGAAGAAACCCAGCACUGACCAGAGGCACCCCACCAACAAGAGGAGUCCAGCUACCAUCAAGAGGCUUCGCACCAAGUCACGCAACAACACGCCCAAGAUCUGAAUCCGUCGAACCGCACUUCAACCCACCGGAAAUGAUUAACACACCUGAUAACACCGCAGUCCAUCUACAAAUAUGGCAAGAAAACCUCAACACAUCACCAGACACCCAGCACUGUAUCCUCAGUGGCCCACAUACAGCCCGCGACUGGGACGUCAUCGCCAUUCAAGAACCAACUAUAGACUCAAAAGGUAACACGAAAGCCACACCCGACUGGCAUGUAAUAUAUCCAACUCUACGAUACAUGCAAGCGAAAUGGUCAUGUGCCGUAACCCUAGUACAUAAGCGCAUUAACACUAACAGCUGGAGACAGAUCCCCUUCCCAUCAACAGACAUAGUAGUGAUUCAAUUCACAGGAACCUUUGGU